AUGAUCACCUCUGAGCUGCCUGUCCUACAGGACUCGUCCAAUGAGAGCGGAGCGGCAGACACAGUGAGUCUGAGUGUGAGUGUGAGUGAGCUGGAGGACCCGACAGACACUAAAGGCAAGAAGAAGAGAGGGAGGCCUGGCAGACCACCAGCAGCCAAUAAGAAGCCUCGGAAGUCCCCAGCGGAGAAGGCUACAGGCGGGGCUAAAGGGAGGAAGGCCAAUGGGGUCCCUCAGACCAACGGCGAGGGAGGAGACCCCGUCACUCUGUUUGAGGUGGUCAGAAUGGGAAAGAGUGCCAUGCAGUCUGUGGUUGAUGACUGGAUCGAGUCGUACAAGCAGGACAGAGACAUCGCCUUACUGGACCUCAUCAACUUCUUUAUCCAGUGUUCUGGCUGCAAAGGCACGGUGCGCAUCGAGAUGUUCCGGAACAUGCAGAACGCGGAGAUCAUCAGGAAGAUGACAGAGGAGUUUGACGAGGACAGUGGGGACUACCCUCUCACCAUGCCCGGGCCGCUGUGGAAGAAGUUCCGCUACAACUUCUGUGAGUUCAUCUGCGUAUUGAUACGUCAGUGCCAGUACAGCAUCAUCUACGAUGAGUACCUCAUGGACACGGUCAUAUCCCUCCUCACGGGACUAUCUGACUCACAGGUCAGAGCUUUCAGACACACCAGCACACUGGCAGCGAUGAAGUUGAUGACAGCGUUGGUGAACGUGGCGUUGAACCUCAGUAUCCACCAGGACAACACCCAGAGACAGUAUGAGGCUGAGAGGAACAAGAUGGCCGGAAAACGAGCCAAUGAGAAGCUAGAGCUGCUGCUGCAGAAGAGGAAGGAGCUCCAGGAGAACCAGGAUGAGAUUGAGAACAUGAUGAACUCCAUCUUCAAAGGCAUCUUUGUCCACCGCUACAGGGAUGCUAUAGCUGAGAUCAGAGCUAUCUGUAUUGAGGAGAUUGGAGUUUGGAUGAAGAUGUACUCUGACGCCUUCCUCAACGACAGCUACCUGAAAUAUGUAGGAUGGACCUUACACGACCGGCAAGGUGAGGUCCGUCUGAAGUGUCUGAAGGCUCUCCAGAACCUGUACACCAACAGAGAACUGUUUCCUAAACUGGAGCUGUUCACCAACCGCUUCAAGGACCGCAUCGUGUCCAUGACUCUGGAUAAGGAGUAUGACGUGGCUGUGGAGGCUAUUAGACUGAUCACUCUCAUCCUGCAGGGCAGCGAGGAUGCGUUGUCCAAUGAGGACUGCGAGAAUGUCUACCACCUGGUUUACUCCGCCCACAGACCUGUCGCCGUGGCAGCAGGAGAGUUCCUGCACAGGAAGUUGUUCAGCAGACAUGACCCCCAGGCAGAGGAGGAGUUGGCUAAGAGGAGAGGGAGGAGCAGCCCCAACGGGAACCUCCUCCGCAUGCUGGUGCUGUUCUUCUUGGAGAGUGAGCUUCAUGAACAUGCAGCCUAUCUGGUGGACUCUCUGUGGGAGAGUUCUCAGGAGCUGCUGAAGGACUGGGAGUGUAUGACUGAGUUACUGCUGGAGGAGCCUGUACAAGGAGAGGAGGUGCUGUCAGACAGACAGGAGAGUUCCCUGAUAGAGUUGAUGGUGUGUACCAUCCGGCAGGCAGCAGAGGCUCACCCACCCGUCGGCAGGGGCACUGGGAAGCGUGUUCUCACAGCGAAGGAGAGGAAGACUCAGAUAGACGACAAGAACAAACUGACAGAACACUUCAUCAUGGCCCUGCCCAUGCUCCUGUCUAAGUACCAGGCCGACUCUGAGAAGGUGGCUAACCUGCUACAGAUCCCUAUGUUCUUUGAUCUGGACGUGUACAGCGCUGGGCGUAUGGAGAAGCACCUAGAUGCCUUACUGAAGCAGAUCCGCCUGGUGGUGGAGAAACACAUUGAGACAGACGUGCUGGAGGCCUGCAGUAAGACCUACAGCAUCCUGUGUUCUGAGGAGUACACCAUCAUGAACAGAGUGGACAUCGCCCGCUCGCAACUCAUCGACGAGAUAACGGACCGCUUCACACACUCCGUAGAAGACCUGCUGCAAGAGGCCGAGGAGGCCGACGAUGACGACAUCUACAACGUUCUGUCUACCCUCAAGAGACUCACGGCCUUCCACAAUGCUCAUGACCUGACGCGGUGGGACCUGUUUGGUAGCUGCUACAGGUUGUUGAAGGCUGGUAUUGAGCAGGGGGCCAUGCCAGAGCAGAUCGCUGUCCAGGCCCUGCAGUGUUCCCACUACUCCAUACUGUGGCAGCUGGUGAAAAUCACAGAGGGAACUCCUAGUAAGGAGGACCUGGUGGCUCUGAGGAGAGUGGUGAAGUCCUUCCUGGCUGUCUGUCAGCAGUGUCUGUCCAAUGUCAACACACCUGUGAAAGAACAGGCCUUCAUGUUGUUGUGUGACCUGCUGAUGGUCUUCAGUCACCAGUUGGUGUCUGGGGGCAGAGAAGGACUGGAGGCCCUGGUGUUCAACCCAGACAGCACCUUACAGAACGAGCUGCUCACCUUCAUCCUGGACCACGUCUUUAUAGACCAGGACGAUGAGAACCAGAGCAUGGAAGGCGACGAGGAGGAUGAAGCCAAUAAGAUAGAAGCCCUUCACAAGAGGAGAAACCUGCUCGCAGCCUUCAGCAAACUCAUCAUCUAUGACAUCGUGGACAUGCCUGCUGCUGCAGACAUCUUCAAACACUACAUGAAGUAUUAUAAUGACUAUGGUGAUAUCAUCAAGGAGACUCUCAGUAAGACCAGACAGAGUGAUAAGAUCCUCUGUGCCAAAACCCUCAUCCUCAGUCUGCAACAGCUGUUCAACGAGCUUCUCCAGGACCAGGGUCCUACUCUGGACAGAACAUCGUCUCACGUCAGCGGCAUCAAGGAGUUGGCCCGGCGCUUCGCCCUCACCUUCGGCCUGGACCAGAUCAAAACCAGAGAGGCUGUCGCUACGCUGCACAAAGAUGGUAUAGAGUUUGCCUUUAAGUACCAGAACCCCCAUGGUGCAGAGUUCCCUCCUCCUAACCUGGCCUUCCUAGAGGUCCUCUCAGAGUUCUCCUCCAAACUGCUGCGACAGGACAAGAAGACUGUUCACUCGUAUCUGGAGAAGUUUAUGUCGGAGUCGAUGUCGGAGCGUCGUGAGGACGUGUGGCUGCCCUUAAUCUCCUACCGGAACAGUCUGCUAACAGGAGGAGAGGAUGGGGACCGGAUGUCGGUAACGUCAGGCGCCAGCAGCAAGACCAGCUCCAUCCGCAGCAAGAAGGGACGGACGCCAAUACACAAGAGUAAACGCAUCGAGGAGGAGAGUAGUGUGGAGGCCUCCUGGCUUCGUGGUAAUGACAACCUCCAGACACCGGGGGCGCUAACCACCCCUCAGCUCACCUCCACCGUCCUCAGAGAAAACCCACGGCAGGCGGCGGACACACACCUACCUGACCACGACUCUGAACCUGGCUCAGAGAACGACUAUGUACACAAUCCCCAGAUGCAGAUGUCUUGGCUAGGCCAACAGAAGAUGGAGGACAGCAGGAAGGAUAGAACAGCCAUGAACUACAUGAAGGCCCGCAACCAGACUGUCAGACAAACUGUUCGUGGUCUGAUGGAGGAUGACGCAGAGCCAAUCUUUGAGGACGUCAUGAUGUCAUCGCGAGGUCAACUGGAGGACAUGAACGAGGAGUUCGAAGACACCAUGGUCAUCGACCUGCCUCCCUCCAGGAACAGGCGUGAGAGGGCGGAGCUCAGACCAGACUUCUUCGACUCAGCAGCCAUGAUCGAGGACGAGUCGGGUUUCACCAUGCCCAUGUUCUGAUCCAGUGUUCCCAGUCCUUCCUGAAAGGGAGAGGGGCCUUCGACAUGAUGAGCUGUCAAACAUCAGACUGUCUGUCAGAACUUUUAUCACACACACUCGAACUCUGAUCAGCCAGUUGACAGCUUUGUGUGUGUGUGUGGAGUGGAUCCCUUCCAGAGAACCACUCACUGGCCGGCCGAAAGAUCCCGCUCAACCCUGAGAAUUUCGGACAGAGUAUCUAUCGUACAUAGAGAAGAUCUUUUAUCAUUCAGUGGACGUGUGGGUGUGUUGGCUACAAACCGGACAGAAUAUCAGACAAAAUAUCUAUCGUACAUAGAGAAGAUCUUUUAUCGUUCAGUGGACGUGUGGGUGUGUUGGCUACAAACCGGACAGAAUAUCAGACAAACUAUCGUACAAAACAUUGUUCAACAUUUCUUUAAAAAUAUUGUAAACUUUGGCCCUCCUUGUUUGUUCCCACUGACUUGUUUUAACUUCCUGUUAUUGUUAGCGUUUUGGCUAAUCUCUCCACUAGCUCUGUGGUUCUCGUGGCCCUGUGCGCCCGGCUAUACAGUCCCCCAUGCCACAGAGUUGUAUGGUUGUUUCGUUCCACUUCCGACGUCAUGUAUAGUCCUCCCACCCCCCCAGAUGGAACUUGAUAUUAAAUGUGAUAAUUCUUUACUCUUUCAUUUCUUUACUCUCUCACUCCUGUCUCGUCCCUCUUUACUCUCUCUUCCCCUUUGAUAGUGUUGAGAAUAUCCUUUAUUUAGUUUUAUUGGCAAAUGCACCAAACAGCAACCAAUGGGACAGAACUAGAAGAGUUCUCAUUGGCCAUACAAGAGGCUGUGACGUCAUAGCCAAAUCCCAAGCCCCUCCCCCCUCAGCUCCAGACAGACACACCCACGGUUGAAUCGCAGCUUUUUAAAAACGUUUUAAAAAUAAAUAUAUUUUGAAUUUCAGUAGCUUUAGUACAAAGUUUUAAAUCAAGUGAGUUUUGUGUUCUGAUAUUUGUACAGUUAUCUUUCUGAAAAAGUAUCUUGUUUGUUGCCAAACGGUUGCCUAAAUGCUUAUAUCUGAUUAGUCCCUACUGCUCAGGCUGUUGCCAUGGAUACCCAGCCUGUUAAGCGCCAUAUAAGGGUGUGUCCAGUGCGACCGUAGAUGUCGUGCAGACUCAGUCUAAAGUGACUUCCUUUUCAUCUGCACUGAUGAGGAAGAACUGGACAGGUAACCGCUAAUAUCCAGUAGCCUUCUACCAUAUUCAUUUCACCUGUCCUCUUUUCAGAUCAGUGCAUAUGAAGGUGGAGACCAGCAGAGAAUACCCCUCUAGUCUUAUGUGGCUGUAGUUACACAUAACAGUUGAUUGGUUGUCUUAUCACUUUGACCCAUCCCUAUUGUUCUUCUGCUGGCUGGUUAAGCUGCCCUUCUGUAAAUAUCAGAGAUGAUUGGUUCUUUCUGUAGCGAUGGCAUCACCUGCCCUUUAACCUUCUAAAAUACUUUUUUUCUUCCUGUGAACUUGUUGCUCUUAUCUUUUUUAAAUAAAUAAAAUCUGUAAUCUAA